AUGAGCUCCGUAGAGCGCAUGUCCCCUCUGGACCUCCUCAAAACGAACCUCACAAACCUCGACCCCCUCACUGAGAACUAUGACCUCGGUUUCUACCUCAAUUACCUGAAUAAGUGGCCAUCACUAUUCAGCACGGUGAAAGACCGUGACGCAGGCAUUGUGGGCUACAUCAUGGGCAAGCUCGAAGAGCAACACCCAUCCAUGCGAAACUCCGAGCAUUACACACCGUGGCACGGUCACAUCACCGUGCUGACCGUUGCACCCGCCUGGCGCCGUCUCGGAUUUGCGCGCCGCUUGACCGAGCAACUGGAGCGCGGAUCGGACAGCAAUGACGCAUGGUUCGUCGAUCUAUACGUUCGCGCCGGAAAUAAGGUAGCGUGCAAUAUGUACAAAGACAUGGGAUACUCUGUCUUCCGGCGUGUAGUAAAUUACUAUAGUGAUGAUCCGUCAGGGUUGUCAGAUACUGGAGAGGAUGCGUUCGACAUGCGGAAACCAUGCAGUCGAGACAAGAAGCUUGAGCAUGUGCGGGAAAAUGGAGAGGAAUUCCGGGUUGGGCCGGAAGAUGUUAUGUAG